AUGACAAGUCAAAUUCGGUGCAUCCACUCAACAACGAAAUUGCUGGUAUCAGGUCCACCACGCCAACUGCCACCAGAUCUAUCAACUCUCGGCGCACCGCCAGCCCCAGGAAAGGGUCGCUCACGGCCAGGACAAGCGGGUACAGCGGUGGAGGCGCCAAAGAGGCUUCCAUUGGGCGAGAAGCCACCAUCAGCCCAAGGUGGUCCAAGAAUACAGCGAAUGGAUCCCUCAGUGACGAAUUGGCUUGAAAAAGGUGAUGGAUUGAGUUAUAGGCAUGGCAGGACAGGGCCAAAUUGGAUAGGCAAUACUCCAUUCCCUCUUAACCCCACUUUUAAACCUCCGCCGCCUCUGAGCGACGCACUCAAAACGAGAAUACACUCGCUCAACGAAUCAGACCCGCACAAGUACACACCCACAAAACUCAGCCUGGAUUUCAAGGUCAGCGUUGACAGGAUACACGCGCUGCUCAGGCUCAAGGCGGUUGAGAAACGCUGGGUGGAUGAAGGGCGCACACUCCAGCUCGAGCACCUCAAGGGAAUGGAAAAGCACCUCGGGGUGGCGUCACUCAACACCAAGCUCAAGGACGACGUCGCGGUGAUGGAUCUGGUUAGCAAGACGCAGCAGGUCGACCCAGAACCAGCUCAGGUACAUCCAGAACCAGCUGCAGGCGUGCUCCCUUCAAACCCACGCUCUAGUCACAAGACGUCGCUCGCGGAGCAGAAUAUAUUCCUCGCACUUGACAGCAACCAGGCUGAAGAGGCAAAGAAGAGUGCCGAGCAAUACGAGUCCACCCUCGAAGAGAAACACAAAGUUGCGGCCGAGAAACCUAAAAAAGAAGCCGACGAGGGUAAAGGGGUUACUGUGAAGGACAAGUGGGAAUUUAUAGACACCUCACAAACCACUCAGCGUAGAAAUUUGUCCAGAAAUUAA